AGUCUUGAAGACACCACCACGCGUAACUCGUUCAUCUUAUAAAUUUUAUCCACUUGUAAUAUUUUUUUUUUUCAUUUCUUUUUUUAAUAAAUUCAUCACAUAAAAUAUCAAAAAUUACAUUAAAUAAAUAAUAAAUAACAAAACUCAUUUACAAUAAUAAUUAAAAUUAUUUAAUUUAUUUUUUUUAUAUUACAAAUUUUAAUAAAAAAAAAAAAUUAAAAAAAUAAGACUGGUGCAUUUUGAGGUGGAGUAAAGAAGAGUAAAAAAAACACGAAGAAGUAGUAAUAAAGAAGAAUUUUUUAUAUUUUUUUUUCGGUUAUUUAAGUGGCGGUUUCAUGUAUGAAAAAUAAAUAUAUAAAAUAAAAAAAAUUGAUAAUACUUUGAGGCCAAUCUAAGUAUUAAAAAAAAUCAAAUAAUAAAGAGGAAGUGCGAGCCGGCGGGCAGUAAUUAUGCCAUAGUCCUGGUUAACCAGCGUGCAUCAAAAUUACUCCACAUAACGUCAUAGAGACUGCACUUUUUAUUUAUUUACCCUGUUUUUUCAUCGGGCCAUCCUCCAUCAAGAUUCAAAAAUGUCAGGAAGAAAUAUAUUAUCAGUAAUUGCUUUGGUGGUGUUGUUGUCAAUUGAGAUGACUCUAUCAACAGCAUCAUCAGAUACAAAAUCAUUGAAUGAUGAUAAAUCUCAUCAUCGACAAAAACGUUUAUCUUGGAUAACAAAUGAUGGAAGAGUUGCAUUACCACCUGGUACAAGUAUGACAAUAACACCAACUCUUAAUUUGCCAUUUGUAAGACAUCCACCAUAUGGAUUUCAUGCUAAUAUGUCAAUAAGUCUUCCAUUUACAAUUUAUUUUGAUAUGCUUGGUUUGACUGAUAAUGAAAAUCCUUAUGGUGCAUUACCACCAAUAUUUGGACGUGCAAUGGAAGGUAGAUCAGCUGGUAUAAUGCUUGCUGAUUUUGUUGCGUCAUUUAUGAAAAGAAGAUUACAAAAACGUGAUACUCAUGAAGCACCUAAAAAUGCAUUUCAUGGUGGUGAACGUGCAUUGUUAUAUGGUACCACUGAAGAUAUGAUUAGUACACUUGGUCUUGAUGGUAAAGCAUGUUUAUUACGUGCUAUUUGUGAAGUACAAAGUCAUCCACUUAGUAAUUUUGGACUUAUUGGAGAAGUUCUUAAAUUAUUUUUCACAGCAAGUAAAUCACCAUUUUCAAGUGUAUUAGAUGAAUAUGUUGAAGCUGAAAAUCGUGGUAAAUUACAUGGUGAAUGUUGGCCUUAUUUUAAAAAUUGUCCAAAAUCAUUAUUUUUACCAUCAAAUAAUAAAUACUCAGAAACAGCUAAUGAUGAAUCGAAUAAAAAUAAAUUUGACGAUGAAUCAUCGAAUGAUAUAUCAAAUGAAGAUGAUGAAAAUUCGAAAAAUCUAAAACACAUGAUAAAUUCAACAAUGUAAAUUAAUUAGUAUUAUUUAUACAGGUUUUAAAAAUAGUUAGAAAAUUAAAAUGAUUGUCAUUUUUAAAAGAUAUUUUAUCAUUGAUAAAAUAAUCAAGACAAUUUUUUAUAAAUUAAUUUAAAAGAAAAAAAAAAAAUAAUAGUAUGCAGUACCCUGGUGGAUAACAGAUGAAAUAUAUUUUUAAAUUAAUUUUCACACAGACUGGUCAUUAUAAUACACAUAAUGAUUUAAAAUGAUGCUCAGGUGAUUUAUAUCAAAUAACUAUUAUUGUCUAUUGAAUCAUCACGUAUUUAUUAUCCCAAAAAAACAAAAACAAAAAAAAACUCAAUUAACACAAUGGGAAUGAUUCAUAUUUAUAACUCACAACUUGUUUUUAUCAACAAGAUCAAUGUGAUGCUAGAUAAAUGUCAUAAUAAUAUUAAUAAUAUAUAUUUUUUAAAUUAAUAUUUAUACUACAACAAUUUUCAUGUGAAUAUUUAAAUUCCUGCUAUUGUCAAAAUAUUUAUUUAGUUUAUCAAGAUAUUCUAAAUAUGAGGAAUGCCAUAAUAUCUUUAAAAUAUAUAAUUUUUUUUUUUUUUAAAUAACAAUAAAUUAAUUAGAUUAUUAUAUAAUUUACAAUUUAAUUAAAAAUAAACAACAAAUUUAUUUUGUACAUAAUCAUAAUAAUGAUUUACGAUUUUAAACUUAGAUAGAAAAUUUUUUUUAUAAUUCAAUUUAUUAAUAAAAAUUAAAUAAAAAAAAUAUUGAAAUUAU